ACAGUAAAAUGUGAUCAUUGGAGACGUGCAGGGAAGAUGUGGCCGGAGCCCCAGCAAUCCUCCUUCCUGUUCCUCCCUCCUGUCACCCUCCGGAUACAGCCAUCCUCUCCGGUGCAGUGGGCAGCACCCCAUCUGUCUGGAGUAGAAGCCUUGCCAGACGGAGAAUCUUGUACAGAAACGAGAUCCCAGAACCAACCGGGUUGCUUCACAGAGAAGCAUAUUUGCAGAGAUGAAGUUCACAUCACAAAUGUGCCUGAAGACCUCUCAUUAGAAGAGAGAGAAGAACUUUUAGACAUUCGUCGAAGAAAGAAGGAACUUAUUGAUGACAUUGAGAGGCUGAAAUAUGAAAUUGCCGAAGUGAUGACUGAGAUUGACAAUCUGACUUCAGUGGAGGAGAGCAAAACUACCCAGAGGAACAAGCAGAUAGCCAUGGGGAGGAAGAAAUUCAACAUGGAUCCCAAAAAGGGAAUUCAGUUUCUAAUAGAAAAUGACCUGCUGCAGAACUCCCCAGAAGACGUAGCCCAGUUCCUGUAUAAAGGAGAAGGCCUAAAUAAGACCGUGAUUGGGGACUAUCUGGGUGAGAGGGACGACUUUAAUAUUAAAGUUCUCCAGGCGUUUGUCGAACUCCAUGAAUUUGCUGAUCUGAACCUUGUCCAAGCCUUAAGGCAGUUCUUGUGGAGCUUUCGACUUCCGGGGGAGGCUCAGAAGAUCGACCGCAUGAUGGAGGCGUUUGCGUCCCGCUAUUGCCUGUGCAACCCGGGUGUCUUCCAGUCCACAGACACCUGCUAUGUGCUGUCGUUUGCCAUCAUCAUGCUCAACACCAGCCUCCACAACCACAAUGUGCGGGACAAGCCCACGGCUGAGCGCUUCGUCACCAUGAACCGUGGCAUCAAUGAGGGAGGGGAUCUCCCGGAGGAGCUGCUGCGGAACUUAUACGAGAGUAUCAAGAACGAGCCGUUUAAGAUCCCCGAGGAUGAUGGCAAUGACCUGACACACACGUUCUUCAACCCUGACCGUGAGGGCUGGCUCCUGAAGCUGGGAGGGCGGGUGAAGACCUGGAAGCGCCGGUGGUUCAUCCUCACCGACAACUGCCUCUAUUACUUCGAGUACACGACAGACAAGGAGCCCAGGGGCAUCAUUCCCCUGGAAAACCUCAGCAUCAGAGAGGUGGAGGACCCCCGGAAACCGAACUGUUUCGAGCUUUAUAACCCGAGCCAUAAGGGCCAGGUCAUCAAGGCCUGUAAAACGGAGGCGGACGGCCGAGUGGUGGAGGGGAACCACGUCGUGUACCGGAUCUCUGCCCCGAGCCCCGAGGAGAAGGAAGAGUGGAUGAAAUCCAUCAGAGCAAGCAUCAGCAGGGAUCCCUUCUAUGACAUGCUGGCUACGAGGAAGAGGAGGAUUGCCAAUAAGAAAUAGAUCCCUCCUGGCCGGAACAGGUGAAAGUGGAAGCCGAAAUCCCACAGCAGAAAGUUGACUGGGAGCCUCCCCGCACAGACACCCUGGGCCCAGCCUCGCCCUCCUGCUGCCUCCCCAGAGGAGGCAGUGCCUGCACCGGGCGGCGGCUUCACGGAGGCGCCACUCUGGGGUCGCCGAGGGCGUGGCCCGAGCUCCGAGGGGCCUUCUGUGCGGGGCGCCGCCCGCGUGUCCCAAUGCCGCCUCUGUGGACAGGACCUCGUGCCCCGCGGGCCACACGCGCACUCCCCGUGGCUGUGUUCACCAUUCUAGAAGCCGCCGUUUUCUAUCAGGACAAGAAAGGAAAAGCUACCACUUUUUUAUUCAGAGUUUUUUCUCAGAUAUAUAGGAUUAUAGCUUUUAUAUGCCUUUUUAUAUUCUGAAAUUAUAACAAAAGAUACUUACUUUCUAACAGUAUUUUUAGAAUGGCAGCUAUAAACAGAACUCCUGGGCACAAGUACAGGACACAAGUACGUGCACUGAGGAAACCUCUGUCCACACAUGUGCAGUGCAGAGGGGCAGGCACCUCGGUGCCCCCAAGGGGCCCAGGGCUGGGCUCCAGGGGGUGGGCGGGCCCCGGGGCUACUCUUCAGCGCAGACCUUGUGCCCCCACAGAGUACCCUCUGAAAAGGCAGAUCUUUAACAUCGAAGUGAUGGUUCUGGGUGUUUCUCUUGUGACUGCAGUCCUGCGCAGCCUGGGUGCUGAGCCCCACGGAGCGGCUGCUUUGGCCUGUGUGGCCCGCCAGCUAGCGGUUCCAUGUGGGUCAGUCUUCGCUAUUGAAAACCUGUUGGCAAAACAAAUACUUUUUACAGACCCGAUGAUAAUUUGACCAGAUCUUUUAACCUAACACAUAUAGACAAAUAACGAGAACGAACCUUACUCCAUGUUUUCAGAGACUUACUCUCUCGCUACGAGCAGGGAGAGAGGACGCUGUGGGAUGAAGGCACGGGGCACUGAGGGUUUCCUGUAAAUAGUGUAAAACCCCCCAUAUGCACUGCUGGUGGAACUUCAGAGGAUCCACCAUCAGGUAGUUGUCAGGUUGCUGUUGAUCUCAUGGAAGGUGCUCAGGGCGGCUGCCGGAGGGAAGGUGGAUCUCCGAGCAGAACGGGGGUGCUGGUGGGUGAGGUUGGGGUGCUGUGUGCUGGGAUGCUGCAUCUGGGUCUUUGGGAUGGAACCCCCUGGCCCACACGGCUGUUCUGGCGGUGGGUCCCCGGACCGUCCUGUGCCACAUGCAAGUUCCGGAAAGCAGCCCUCAGACCGUGAGCACCUGUGUGAAGAUGUUAAGUACAAGUGACUGUUCCUGUGAGUUGCCUUGGUGCUGGAACUGACCGGCUGCGGGCCCCUGGCCUCGACGCCGCUGACCUUGACGUAGCUUUAAGUCCCACUAAAUGCAAAGGGGUCUGAGCCCACGACUCUCUGACCUGCAUUGAACUGAUUGUUUCAUUCCCAAGCUUUUAGGCUUUGUUACUGUACUGAUACCUCAAAUUCGAAACUGUAGUUUUUGAGAAAGGCAAGUAUAUGUGCCGGCAUAUAUGCAACUCUGGCCUCUGGUCUUCCACGGACACGCGGUGCCCGGAGCCCGGGCCCAGCGCUGCUCAAGAGCGCCCCGGCGGUGGCCUGAUUGGUAGCUCCCGCGAGGGAGAGAGCAUCCCUCUGUCCUGCGGCCGCCCCAGCUAGGCCCCUGGGGAAGCAGGGCUUUCUGGCCCCGGGCUUGGCCUCAGCGGGGUUGGGAGAAGCAAGCUUCAGGAAAGCCCGGUAGGAACUGUUCCUCCCCAGUCAUGGCUCUUUCCCCAGGAGCGAGGCAGAGGCCACGGUGCUUAGAAUCCGUGGGACCUGCCCCCCAUGUUACGGGAGAUCCUCUCGUUCCCCGUCUAUGUGGUGACAGUAUUAAUACGACGGGCACACCAGCCGUCGGACCCACUCCACCUGCGGGCAGGCCUGUCCAGGAUGCCUCCCGGACCUCAGCCUCCUCCCCACCCCCAUGUCUGCGUGGCACACUUGAAUCGAGGCCAAGGGCAGGUGGCAGUGCAGGGGGGCGCGCCAGGCAGGCCUCCGUGAACGCUCGAGGUUUAACUGGAUGACCUUGGACCCAGGCAAGCAAGUGUCUUCAGGAUCACGGAACAACUGUCAACAGUUUAAUGUGGUACCAAACUGAAUCAAAAUAGGAGCUAUUUAUAGGUGAAGCAGCAUUUAAUGCUUCAUAUAAAGCAAUGCAUAUUUUUUAAAGUUAAAAUGCGUAUUAUUGACGUAGAUGUGCUUUGCUGGGGAAGUUAGGUCUGUUGUAGACCUGAAACCACACGUUGUGAUUUCACAUUUUCUUAUUUUUUCUUAGACAUUUCUAUUUACGGUAAAUAGUUAAUAUGUAAAUAAUGUACAUAGAGCUUUCUGGAGUGUUUGUUAUUCAGUGUAUAUACUCCCACCACCUGCAUGAAUACCCUAUCAAUAUUUUGUUGUAAAAUGAAUAGUAAAAAUGGAAGGUGUAUGGCCGUCAAAUUGCAAAUACUGUGUUCACAAAAUUAAAAAUGCAUUGUUUGAACAAGA